AGAACGUCCAUAGUCACAGCUCGUUGUUCGUUACGCCGUCGGAGAGGUGUGCAUUCGUUCUAAGUGAAUAGUCCGAUCGUUUGCUUGAUCCGUCGAUUGAUUGAAGCUAACUGCAGCCAGCGUUCAGGCCGCCGAGUAAUUCUCCUGUUCGCGAGUUCGCCUGUUCGCCUAUCUGCCGCUUGCGAAAAAGACUUGUUCCUUAGUUUUGGGAAGACCUGGAUCGCCGCACCUGGAUACCAAUAUUCAAUGUGCCACUGUAAUUCUCUUAAGAGCUCCGGAAGUGCGGUUUCCGUCGCGAGCUCGCCGAGUUCGAGAGCGGUCGAGGUGCGUCCAAGCCGAGUCGGAGCAUUCGGAGCGCCUCUAUUGAGCGCAGGUCGCCAUUGCAUGGACAGACUGGCCUUCUCUGGAGUAUAUUCCACCUAUUGCCAGGCGCAACACGCAGCGCCGUAGGGUGGACGCCUCCUAGCUAGGAACCUCAAUUAAAUGAAAUAAUUAGCCAGGCGGAACGAACAGAAGUCAGUUGACACCGAGAGGUCGGAGCGUCAUCUGCGAGUAAGCACUUCACUUCGAUCGGAGAACGAUAGAAGAUAAGGAAAAAGGAAAAAGGAAGGGGAAAGAAGACGCGGAACAACUACGAGGCAUCUGGGAUACCCUGGACUUGCAGUACGUCGAGAGUAACGGAGACUACAGAAUCCGGACGCCAGAUCGAGGAUCACGAGAGGAGCUUAACCGAGAGAGAUUCUGCAUAUCGGCUCGAAUUUCGUUUCGUGCUCAACUUUGGAAGUUCAUCCUGACUUUUUAGGGGGUUACUCGGCAUUCGCGGAGUUGGCCGAUCCACCGUCUGAUCGAGCGAACAAUCAAACGAUUACCGAAUCAUAACAUCCUCGAUUCAAUCAUCCGACGUCCUCACCGAUCAGCUCGCCGAGCUCUUUCGACUCACUUAGCCGAUUCCACGGAACAUCGGGAAUCCUCUUCAAGCGGAGAGCACGGAACAACGUUUUCAAAGAAAACACUCGUAAAAGACAUUGUCUACCACUGUGACCGGAUCCAAGUACAAAUUAAUCGUCAGCGGACGACCGGAACUGACUGCCUCCUCCGAAGCCUUUACUGUACUACUCUUGGAGUGAGCUCCGUCCCGUGUCGACCUCUUGACCAGUCUGCCAGUUUGGUCUGUGAAUUAGUUUCUUGAGGGGAUUAUCCUCCACUAGUCCAGUGUGAAGACACACAUCUGCACAUGUUGUGAACGUAGUGGGCUUUCGGGGAAUUCAUAGCACAGUGGCUCCACGCUCGUCCAUGACGGCUUCGGCCCCGGUCAGCACGGCGCAACACCGCUCUCUUUCAACUCCCGCCGUCCACGAAGGACCAGUGAAGAGUGUCACGGUGUCGCCAAACUCAGCAGGCUCAAUGAGGCAGAAAACGAGCUUAUCUCUCGGCGGUGUGGGAGUCGGGGUCGUCGGAGGUCUUCAGCGACCUGGACCCUCAGAAAUUUUCUACAAAGGAUAUCGUUUUCUCAUCACAGACAGACCCACCGACGCCACCCUGCCGUCCUAUGUCGAGGAGCUCAAGAAACGACAGGUGACCGACGUGGUUCGCGUUUGCGAGCCCACGUACCAGACGGAGCUCCUCGAGAAAGAGGACAUCAAGGUGCACGACAUGCAGUUCGAAGAUGGCUCGCCUCCUCCUCCAAAGAUCGUUGAGGACUGGCUGCAGUUGAUCCGAAAUCGUUUCAAGGAAAAGCCUGAAGCCUGCAUAGCGGUACACUGCGUCGCAGGACUAGGACGGGCACCCGUUCUCGUCGCCUUAGCCCUUGUCGAGCUCGGUAUGAAGUACGAGGACGCCGUUGAUUUCAUCCGUGCUCGGCGACGAGGAGCAAUCAACGCUAAACAGCUGAGCUACCUCGAGAAGUACCGACCGAAGAAUCGCCUCAAGCAACGAGGCAACUCUGCCGGCAACGGGCAGCAGGUGUGCUGUGUUCAGUAGCGGGUCACACGAGAUCCAUAGAGGAAAAGAAACGAAACAAAGAGGACAGAAAAUGACGACUAUGAUUAAAGAAUUCCACUUCAACUUAUGUUCAUCGAAUUUGUGGACGUCGGAGAUCCACGCUGGCAUCUCGUGCCAAUUCCUACGAGUGCUGAAGCCUGACGACGUCGCCGAUUGAGCAGCAGCCGCGGCAGGAGCGACUGCAUCAUGGAUCAGCAGAUUCCCACACAAAUCAUUCAACUGCAACAACAGCAUGGACUGAACAGCGAAAGGGGAACGCUGGUUCCGCUUCCACGUAUAUCAGUAGCCUUCCCGAGGUUGCUGACAUUGUUGAACUGGUUAUGCUAUUUCGGAUUUUUCCAUUUCGUCACCCGGAAUUUCCCCAUCAUCGUAUCACCUCAAGCUCUCUCUGAACAUUUUUGAUCAUCUUCUUCGUCCGUUCGCGUAAUCCGGCAACCCGAGCGCUCACGCGGAACCCGUGGACGGCGAUAUCGAUCGGGAACCUCCCUCAUCUUCAUAUACCUUCGGGAUCGUAGUCGGCACACCUUGUCGGCAGGAGUCAUUUAAAAAUGCUGGGGGUUCCAAUCCGCGGAAGGAGUCGCACGGUGUGAGAACGAUGUCACUGAGAUUUUCGCCUGAAACCGCGACUCGUGGGAGCGUCGAACGCUCUGAGUCGAUGGUUCCCGAGCUUUGGUUUUUGUGUAGAAUUAAGUACUCUCUAUAUACUGUCGCAGGUCGGAAACCGGACCGUGGAAGUCUUGGUUGUUUGCAAGAGAUUAAAUUUGUUGUUUUAUUCCUGUGUUGAGUGACCCGCUAAAUCUCCCGUCGUGUUCCAUCUCCAUGAUGCGUCAUCCGGGACAGUGCGCUCGAAUCGGGAGCCGAAGGAUUUGAGUUCGGUGCAUCAUCAUGAGACAUGACCAUAUGAUUCAAUGUCAAUAAUAAUGUUCAUGUUCUUUUCC